GCCGAAGCCGCGACAGUCGUGGGGACGGCGGGCUGGAUCACUCAUCCUGGGGUAAGCCAGCUGCCAUGUCAUGAGGACACUCAAGCAGCCCUAAGGAGAGAUCCAUGUGGCAAGGAACUGAGGCCUCUUACCUACAGCCACCUUUCCGUAGCGUGACCUCGAAGAUGGGCGGCGCCGUGAGUGCUGGUGAAGACAACGACGAGCUGAUAGACAAUCUGAAGGAGGCCCAGUACAUCCGCUCCGAGCUGGUGGAGCGGGCCUUCCGGGCUGUGGACCGCGCAGACUAUUACCUCGAAGAGUUUAAAGAGAACGCGUAUAAAGACUUGGCGUGGAAGCACGGUAACAUCCACCUCUCCGCUCCGUGCAUCUACUCGGAGGUGAUGGAGGCCCUGGACCUGCAGCCUGGCCUCUCCUUCCUGAACCUGGGCAGCGGCACUGGCUACCUCAGCUCCAUGGGGGGGCUCAUCCUCGGUCCUUUUGGUGUGAACCACGGGGUGGAGCUCCAUUCAGAUGUGACAGAGUACGUGAAGCAGAAGCUGGACUUUUUCAUCAGGACAAGUGACAGCUUCGACAAGUUUGACUUCUGUGAACCCUCCUUCGUUACUGGCAAUUGCCUGGAGAUUUCUCCAGAUUGUUCUCAGUAUGACCGGGUGUACUGCGGGGCAGGCGUGCAGAAAGAGCACGAGGAGUACAUGAAGAGUCUCCUCAAAGUCGGGGGCAUCCUGGUCAUGCCGCUGGAAGAGAAGUUGACUAAGAUAACUCGCACUGGCCCUUCUGCUUGGGAAACCAAAAAGAUUCUGGCUGUUUCUUUUGCGCCACUGAUCCAGCCCUGCCACUCAGAGUCGGGAAAAUCAAGACUUGUCCAGUUACCACCCCUGGCGGUUCGCAGCCUCCAGGACCUGGCGCGCAUUGCCAUCCGGGGCGCCAUUAAGAAGGUCAUCCACCAGGAAGCUGUGAACAGAAACGGGAACGGACUGAAGAACACUCCCAGGUUUAAACGAAGGAGAGUUCGCCGCCGCCGAAUGGAAACGAUUGUCUUCUUGGACAAAGAGGUGUUUGCCAGUCGGAUCUCCAGCCCCUCUGAUGACACCAGCUGCGGAGACCUGGGAGAGGAGCGGCAGGAGGAAGAGGCGACGACCCCGCCGGACACCAGGCCAGAGCCCCCGGUGAACUUCCUGCGUGAGAAGGUCCUGAGCCUCCCUCUGCCAGAUCCCCUGAAGUACUACCUGCUUUAUUACAGAGAAAAGUAAGUCUGUGGUCCAGGGGAGGAGGCCAAGCCUUCCUGGAGGGCCGCCCGCAGCAGGUGCACUGCAGAAGGAAGGGGCUCCCGCUGUGCAUCUCGUCUUCUCGUCUGUCCUUGACUGUCCUGUAGAGUUUUCAUCCAGCGGUCUCAUUUCUGUAAACACAGUCUGACAAACAUAAGGUGCAAGGGAGAAUGUUGUCUCAAAAGGGCGAGAGUCUCCUGGAGGAGGGGUUGACUUCACACUCUCAGGAAAUGCUGAGGUCUGCACGUGGAGGUGGCCUGGAGACCGUUUCUUACACAAGGUACACAUGUCUGCAUCAGAAAGGAAAACUGAAGUUAACUGAAAUUAACCUGUGUUUCUUAUAAAAGGUGAGACAAAAAGCACAAGUUGGUAAGUGUAUAGAAUCUUUUCUGAGUGGGACAUGCCUAUGUGCAAGUUUGAAUUUUACGGUAUCAACCUCUUAAUUACUGGCACUGAGUAAUUAAAAGAUUUAUUAAAAGAUUAAUUAAAAAGAUUUAACUAAAUCUUUUAGUUAUCUGGAACGUGGAUACUUGAUUGAAAAGCCCUCUCUUACUUUAAGUAAAUUAAUUACAUCUUACGUGAGUGUCAAUUGUAAUUUUAAAAAAGAAAAAUUGUGAUGGGGAGAAGAAUGAACGUAUCAAAUUGCCAGAUGUCUUUGUGGAAUUGCAAAAAAAUUCCAAGGAAUUUUUUUCUGACACCUUUUGUUACCUUUAAAAGAACCAACAUUGAGUAAUCCCCUCAAAGAAAGUCCUGAAGAAUGAAACAAGUGUUGUGUGGUAAGUAAUGAGCUACAUUACUUUUGCCCCAGAGACAGAGAGUACUGUUGACUCAACUUUAAAUACAGUCACGGUGUCUAAGGCUCAGUCCUCAGAGCAGGUGGGAAGUACUGGCUGCAGGAAAUGGAUUGGGGACGAUGUAGACGGCCUGUGGGUUGGUUUUUUUUUUUUUUUCAGUUGGCUAUUUUUCUGUAAUCACAUUACAGUACUGAUUCAUAGAUUUUAUCUUUUGUAAUUCUGGAGAAAAAUAUUUGUUAGUUUUGUAAUUUUUCCUAAGAACAAACGUGUGUUUAGUACAUUGCAUUUGAACAGUUUCACUCAGAGUGACUUGUGGAAUCCACCUUCUUCAGCGCUGUGUGUUGAGAGCUUCCUCUCUUAUCAAGUCAUGGGUCUAGAAGAAGAGGCCGUCCUUUUAGUUAGGUGGCAGGAUGUUUACAAGUGACACUGCUUCUUCCAAAACAUUGGUUCUUUUCAGACUUUUCAGUUUUAACCAAAGGCUAGUAUAAAAUGUUAACACUAAACCCCAAAUCAGAGUGCUGAUGGAGGAUUAAUCAUCCAGAUUGUAUGAUUAAUUUUAUCUCUUAGCCUCUCAGGUGUUGCUGGAUUUCAAUGUCUUUGUGGUUUUACCAGCUUCGCUGAGUUCUGGUUAUUUUGUUUUGCCAUUUAUGCUUUUUUUAAGUAACUGAGUCAUUUUAUCACAGAAUACUGUGUGCACACAUAGCUGGGAAAGCGUGUAUAUUGCCCUAAAUUGGUACAGUUAAGUUAUUGUAAAGAAGGGUUUCUUCAUAGUUGUGUUUACCUGCCUUUAACUGAAAGUCAAGCCUCAUUCUCUCAGAGAGAAAAGCAUGAGUCACGUUUACUUGCUAAGACUUCAGUUUGCAGAUCUUGUUGACGUUAUUCUAAUUGAUUUGUAGAGACCUCUGCAACGCGUGGACAUUUUUGGACAUGAUAUCUGAAAUAUUUUUUAUUAGGUGGCUUGACUAAAUUUUUUUCUGUAAUUGUAUAUGGAUUUCCUUUUUUUUCAACCACAUUUGCCUUUUAUGCGAGAUUGUAAAAACUCUUUACAACGCAUAAGACAUGUUUUCCCCUAUAUAUGUUAAACCUUUCCUAACAUUUUGUAUUUACAUGUUGGUUUGUGACUUUUAAACCAGAAUUUGGUUACAAAGUAUAUAUAUAGAUAUUGAAUAUAAUAUAUGUGAAAUAAUUUGGUAUUGAUCUAUCUAAUAAACAUAAAGGAGAAUCAUCAGUGAGUUUCCCUGUGUGUCAGCAUCUUUCUCCAGAGUCAGUCUGAGACACUACUUUCUGUUUUCAAACAGGUGAAUUAUAUAUAUAGUCUGUGUUGUCUGCAAGCUCUAUAUUGUAAACCACAUUCUAGACAAUGGCUGACUUUUAUGUUUUGAUUAGUCUGUAUUUUUAUAUGUGACUUUCGACUUGAAAGUAGUACAGCCAUAGACAUGUGCAAAACAAACAACACAUUUAUAAAUAUUAAGUAUAUAAUGUAGAAAUCAGCUGUGUAUUUAAAAAUAUUUUUGCCCAUCUGGAACUUUCAGGGGAUUAAUGCAAGAAAUAUGAAACAAAGGUUUUAAUGAACUGAUAUACAAAAGAUACCAAUAAAGGUAGU